AUGGAGAAAUCACAGGCCCGGACCAGCCAAGCGGGCGACGAAACAGACGUCGAGGCUCAACUUCCACCUCCAGCACCGACUGCCAAAGCAGAGAGUCUCAAUACGACUUUCGUGGACUGGGAGGGCCCCAAUGAUCCGCAAAACCCUUUCAACUGGCCGACAUGGCGGAAGACCGUUCAAAUAGGCUUAAUGACCUUUAACACGUUCAUAACACCACUGGCAUCCUCGAUGCUCACGCCCGGCGUGGCGAAUAUCUUGCGGGAAUUCCACUCGUCCAGUGAUAUUAUCUCCUCUUUCCUGGUCUCCGUAUACCUCCUGGGAUACGUUUUUGGACCUUUUUUCAUUGCACCGCUGUCAGAGUUGUAUGGCCGUGUGCCUGUAUACCACGCGUGCAAUGCGGUCCUACUCAUCUUCACCAUCGCCUGCGCGGUUGCACAGACUCUACCCCAACUGAUGGUGUUUCGCUUCUUGGCUGGUGUCGCGGGCGUCUGUCCGCUGACGAUUGGUGCUGGCACCGUCGCUGAUAUGGUCUAUCGAGAACAGAGAGCUGGCGUGAUGGCCCUCUGGUCCAUGGGGCCUUAUAUGGGGCCUGUCAUAGGGCCAAUUGCCGGUGGAUUCUUGGUCGAGGCAACAAAUUGGCGCUGGGUAUUCUGGGUGCUUUCCAUUACGAUCGGUGUCGUUCUCGUGGCAACAGUACUAUGCUACCGGGAGUCAUACGCCCCGGUUCUUCUCACCCGCAAAGCGGCCCGACUGCGCAAAGAAACGGGAGACUCCAACAUCCGCUCCAAAUUCGAGAACGACGAGCGAUCCCCUCGCAGGAUAUUUAUGGCCGCCCUCGCCCGGCCAAUCAAGCUCCUGUUCACCUCCCCCAUUGUGUUCCUCAUGGCGCUUUUCGCCGCCAUCACCUACGGCUACCUCUAUCUCAUGUUCACGACCAUGACCCCCAUCUUCGAGGGCAUCUACGGCUUCUCCCAAGGUAUCGCCGGCCUCGCCUACAUCGGCUUCGGCGUGGGCUGUCUCUCUGGUGCCGCGGUUAUCGGCCCCAUCGCCAACAGAAUCGCCGCUUCCCACACGGCCCGCGGUUGCUUCUCGCCGGAAUCGCGCCUGCUGCCCAUGAUGUAUGGCUGCUGGGCCCUUCCGAUCGGGCUCUUCUGGUACGGCUGGUCCGCGCAGGCGCAUACGCACUGGAUUAUGCCGAUUAUCGGGACGGCGAUCUUUGGCGUGGGCCUGGUCGCGGUGUUUUCGUGUGUCAGCGCCUAUUUGGUCGAGUCCUACCUGGUGUACGCCGCGUCGGUGACCGCGGCUAAUACGUGUUUUCGGUCGUUGGUCGGUGCCUUGCUGCCUCUGGCUGGACAUAGGAUGUACGCCACUCUGGGGUUGGGAUGGGGGAGUUCGCUUCUGGCUUUUAUCGCGCUGGCUAUGUGUAGCGUGCCGUGGUUUUUUGCGCGGUAUGGUGCUAGGAUUCGGACUAACCCUAGCUUUCAGAUUCGGCUUGCAUGA